AUGCCUUACAACUUUGAAAAUAAUGAAGAUAUUGAAAAUAUCGAUGACAGAACAGACCUUGAGGUACAAAUAAUUGAACAAAAAAAUAUUGAUUAUGAUGUUGAAAGAAGAAAAAUUCUGGAUACUAAAGAAAUUGAUCAAAAUGUCGAAAAAGAAAUGGAAGUUGACAAUGGAAAAAAAAAUAUGGAAAGCCAAGAAACGAAAGUAAUUUUUCAAGAACAUGUCGAAAAAGAAAUCAAUUUGGACAACGAGGAAACCAACACUGAAAUCAAAGAAACGAUAGGAAUGGUUCAAGAACAUGUCGAAAGAAAAAUUGAUUUGAAUAACGAUGAAAAUAAUACUGAAAGCAAAGAAACAAAAGAAAUUGUUAAAGAACCUAUUGAAAAGGAAUUUAAUGUGGAUGACGAUAGAAGUAAUUCUGAAGGCAAACAAUUGAAAGAAAUUAAUCAAAAAGAAAAAUACAUGGAUUUGGAUACAAUAGAAUUUGUUAAAGAACAUAUUAAAGCGGAAUUUAAUUUGGAUAACGAUAGAUAUAAUAUUGAAAGCAAAGAAAUUAUAAAAGAACAUUUAGGAAAAGAAAUGGAUUUGGACGACGAUGAAAAAAAUACGAAAAUCAAGGAAUAUACAAAAAGUGUUGUGGAUGUCGGAAAAGAAAAUUUUCAAAUGGAUGGUAUAGAAAAACUGGUAGCUGUACCAGCUUCAAAGCAAAUACGAGUACUUCAAAAUGUUUUAUUGGAUAAUCUUAUUUCCCCAAUAAGUCCUGCUUCAGGAUCUUAUCAAGAGGAGACUAAACCGGAAAGUAAUGAAACAAGCGGAAUAUUGGCACACUUAUUUUGGCCCAAACCAAUAGAAAAAACACAGAAAAGAGUUAGAGAAAAACAGCCAGCAGCAAUCUCAUCGGAAGCAUUUAGAUCAUUUUUAAAACAUAAAGUGGACAAAAAGUUAGAAGAACAAAAACAGAAAGAAGAGAAAAAAGAAGCAAGAAAACGAAAAGCCGAUGAAAAAAGAAAUAGAAAAAAGGAUAUAAAGAAAAAACCCAGGAAAGCUAUUUCCAAGGAAAGCAACAAAAGCCACGGUAACUGCAAAGAAAUGUGCCAAGAGUGUGGGGAAGAGUUAAUUAGCGAAGCCGAAGAAGAUGAAGAAAAAAAUAUAGGGUGCGACAAUUGUUACAAGUGGUUUCACCUCAAGUGUACCGAAUUUAUUGGUAUGGCAUACAAUGAUGUAUUAAACGAACAGUUCAAGUGCUCAACCUGUUCGUAA